AUGCGAAAUACUUUUGAGCGUCUUCGUGUUGAUGACAAUAAGAAAUUUAAACCGGUUCUAACAGAGGAACGAGGCGUUUCGCCUGACAAACAUUAUGCACAAGUGGUUUCGGCGUUCGAGCAAAGUCUGAACAGUAUAUCACAAAGGCUAAAGAAUUUGACAACCACAACAGCGAGGAAGGACUCAGAGUUACACGAAUUACGCGCCACCAUCGACGCCCUCCGUUGUCAAUCCGGAUUUGGCCUGCACAGCCUUGGGAACCAACAACUACUUGUCACUGGAAACCAAGUAGUGUUGGGUGAGGCAACCACACCUUUCCAGCAAGUACCUCAGCCCGCUUCAGUCCACGUACCUGCGAUAGACGAGACGGUAAACACCCAACCCGAUGGGAAACCAAGCGAUGGUAAUCAGAGAAAGAGCAGUUGGUUCCGCGGUUCCAUAGGAAAAGCAUUCCGUAAAAAGUCGUCACUUCCACCCACAAAACCGGCGACCACUGCCGUCCAGGAUCUGGUUCACAACACGCAGAUUUCCUCGACCAUCAAUCACACAAAUAUGACACAGGUGCACGGCAUUCAUCCGACUCCGAGCGCGUCCAACGCGUUGGAACCAACCAAUCUGGUCUCACAGGUAUCGUCUGGCCGAAUUCAACUAAACGGACUCUCUCCUUCCAAUUCCUCAACGUCUAAUUCGUCUUGGAGUGCAUCCGGACUGGUGCCACAGCCAGAAUGUGGGAAGGCGAUCUGUUCUGCCAGCACACCUUCUGACCCGAAACCCAAUUUGCCAAAUGGAACAACUGUGUUGGUGCAAACGCCAAAGUGUUCCCGACACACCAUUGUACCCAACUACCUGAUCGAUGCAAAUCACACAGCGGACUCUGAAAGCCCAUAUUCUUUGGCCGAAAAUCAAACAGAAAAGCCACACUAUGAGGGGAAGCACGAUGCGAGAAUGCAACAAGCUGAUCAUUCAGUUUAUGAUCAAACGAACAAGCCUCAGGCGGUUUUAUCUCCGAUUUCAUGGCUUGGUUCCAUAAUGGACGAUGCCUUCGCAGACGUGAGCUCAACAGACUCUCCAACCGUCAGACUGCAGGCCGAGCUUAACCGACUUCGUCAACAGCUGAGUGAACGUGAUUUGAAACUGACCGAUGUACAGCUAGAAGCACUGGCGAGUACACAUCAGGUGAAUCAAUUGCGCGAUCAGCUGUCACGAGUGUACGCUGAAAUGCAGCAUCUCCGUUCCGAUAAUGCACGUCUGCAACAGAUGAUGAUGACAACAAAGACGAUGCUGCCAACCAACGCAGUUACCAGUGCAAUUACGGAGACUCUAAAGGUGGAUGGGUGUUUCACUGUCAGCACAGAAACCGAAAAUGAGACAGAUUUCGGUAUGUUCAUCGAAUUUGUACCAACCAACGCAGUUACCAGUGCAAUUUCGGAAGCUCCGAAAGCGGAUGGGUGUCUCACUGUCAGCACAAAAACCGAAAACGAGACAGAUUUCGAUUUCCUUGCUGGGUUGGUCCAAGAGAGGAAUGAGGAAGCUGCCUCAGCUACAAGUAAAUACAGAAAUAAUCGAUAUGCUCGCGUGUACCUACCAGUCCUGCGGUCGACCAGUGACUGUAGUGAGAUCAACCUUGGUACGAUUGACUUAAAUUCCUUCGACAGUUGGUCAGCUAUCGGGCUACAUCUUCUUCGACUGUAUCGCGACUAUAUUAAUCGAAUCGAUCCACGGAACAAACUGUCGAUCCUUGAAGAACGCAUAUCUGUCUACAAGCUACACUAUGGGACCAUCUCCCACGAACACAAAGUUACUGUUUCAGACGAGACUCAGAAGGAGGAACAACUGUUAUCAGACGAUCUUCCUUCAUUCCUACAGGACCUUCCAGCCGGCGUAGCAGAAAUAGAAUUACGAAUGCAGUCCAAACCAAGUGGAUUUGUGGCCUCAAUGAGUAUCGAAUCAUUAAUUUCUUGCCAUACACUUGAAGCUUACUUGGGGUGGUUGGAAAACCAUCACUGCCUGGUGGUUUGUCUAGAAGAUGAAACCCAAAUGGAUUUGACCAGGCUGCUGUUGGAUUGUCUGAAAUGCUCUAGGCGGAUAUCCGAGGAGCAUCACAUCAAGGCGGAAUCCGAAGACGAUUUGACUGAACAGAUUAAACAGUACUUGACAAACCCUGAACAGAGUGAAGAACGUACGUGUAAAACGGAAAAUUCGGGGAUCGCCAUCGUGAUCGAACUUCUGGAGAUGAGCGCUGACCACUUUCAAAAUUUUCUCUGCUGUGUUGGUUGGAAGUCACCGAGCUCAACUGAAAACACAAGUAACAACAGAACAUACAUCAUCGCGAUCUCGACGCCGAAGCCCCCUCCACCAAACAGCAUUGCUGUUGAACUAUCCAGCGCCAUCCCCAAUGCAAAACCGUACCUAUCAUCCCUUGGAUUCUGUUGGGUUUGCACUGAGCAGCAAAGCUACGAAGAUAUGAAAUAUACCCUCCGUCAGUCACUCAGACAACGAAUUAUCCACGUUGUGGUCGAACACUGCGUCCUGGAACAAGCCGGACUGGGACUGGAGCGCAAAAAGUUGAUGCGACGGUUGCUAGGAUGGCUGGAAGAAGUCUGGGAUCGUGUGAAUAAGUUACUCAUGAAAUCACAUCCGAGCGACUCCAGAAGCAAUUUCUUGUCUCCUCAAGUCUUCCGUGAUCUGCCACUUGCCAACACCGAGGACUGGUUCGUAGAAUUUUGGAACCAGAGAGUGAUUCAGAAGAUGCAGCAACUGCGAAGCUCGUUGCAACACAACUCGUCUGACGAAGAUCCGAUUCCAUGGGUUACUUCAACUUGGCCUUGGAUAUCAACCCCACACGCAGAGGAAAUCAAGUCCAGAUUAUUAUUACCAUUGCCCUUCCCAUGCCAGUCCGAUUGAUCCAGUCCCACUUUUACUCAAGCAAUGCGUGCUACUUACAAAUAUACCAGUAGCACGAAUGUAAAAAUGUAUACUACACAACAAAAGGCCUUCACUGUACAGUAUGAAUAUGCGAUGAGAUUCAA